GGAUAAAGAGACAGUAGCAGAAACAUUGAAACAUUAUGGACUUAUGGAAAAGCAGAUUGAAGAGUUCAUAACAUCCCAUUCAGCUUUAGAAUCUCAAACUGAAACUGAAAGUCAGCCAGGAACUCCUUCAGUGACUACACGGAUGACUAGGAUGAUAAAAAUAUUUGAAAAUCAGUCAACAAUGUUAGAGAAAGCUUUAAAUGAUCAGCAGACAAUUGAGUCUAAAUAUAAACAGCUGGAAACUGAUUUUCAAAUGUUAAUAAUGGAGAAAGCCCUGCUGGAAGGAGAAAUACGAAGGCUGAGAGAAAUAGAGAGAGCAAAGUCUGCAGCCAAAGAAGAGCAAACCAAGAAAUCUGGAAAAUCAGAAAAGAAAAAAUUUAAAGAGAAAGAAAAGAAUCUAUCUCCAAAAAUAGAAUUUAAAUCACUUGAAGAACUGCUUCAAAUCCAAAAAGAAGCAGAACUCCUGAAAACAGAGAAGAAAACCCUUCAAGGACAACUGAAAUGGGCUUUAGAG